AUGGCCUUACAACCAUUUACCAAUGAACAAUUGAAUUAUUUCAAGUUUGCUUUCAUCGUGCUGAAUGAAAUUCCUAAAGCAUUGCGGCAAACUUUUAAACAGAUGUGGAACAACACCUUUGCGUCACUCCCUGGUUUUCAGUCCUGGGAUGACUCUAAUGCUGUACGUAACUUGUUCUUAAGUACUGAAGGUGGAGCAUCCAAAGUCCCCACACAUCUCUCCUAUGAUGAGUGGGAUUGCACAGCCCUGUUCCAGACCACCAUCUACGCGCGGUCCUUUGCUUUGCCAGAUAGCAAAGGCCAUCACAGGAUACUCCAUGAUUUGUACUUGAGGUCCUGUAAAUUAUCACCUGGUACUUUCCAUUCUUUUGUAGUUAGUCCAACUGGAGAUGACGCAGAAACCUUUGCACUGGCGAUCGAUCAGCUUCGUUUGUUGAGAAAUUCGCUCUGUCAUUUAAAUAAAUCCGAAUUGGACAAAAUAAAAUUUGAUCGAUACGUUCAACUCGCUAAAGACGCGAUGAAUGCCCUUGGAGUUAACACUGACCCUAUUGAUGCUGUUGGAAGUUUAACUGAGUCUGACUUUCUCAUCGAGAAAGUUCGCAAGUUAGAGGAUGACGUCAGAAAAGAGCUUCAAAAAAGAAACGAAUUCCUCGAAGAAGAAGUUAUUGAUGACUUGCAGCUCUUACAGAAAUCUCAAAAGGAAGGUACUGAAGAGCUAAAGAAGACAAGCAAAUCUGAAAAUGCCAGUACCCAAGGCACGAUUGAAACUAAGUUUGCCGAGUUCCAAACAGAAAGCAGACUUGUCAGAGAAGGUGUUAAAGGUGAGUUACAUCUUCUACAGCAAUCACACAAAGACGACACCGAGAACCUGAAAGAGGCAAUCGCUAAGAAGAUUAACGAGUUUAGCCAAGAGAUGAAAGACCCUCUGAAGGAGCCGCAAAGUCCAGCUGCCGAGUCUAACAGGCUUGACAUCAGAACUCAACUACUUGGGGAAGAACACCAGACGACCGCUGACAGCUCUUGUAAACUGGGGGCUACGCAGUAUGCCCUUACAGAUUACACCUUAGCCGCUGAGUCCCACGAGCGUGCACUUAACAUCAGACAAAAAGGAUGGAAUAAAGAUCACAAGAGGACCGUUGACAGCUACCAUAAGCUGGGGCUUACCCAAUAUAGGCUUAGUGAUUACACCUCAGCCACUGAGUCACACAAACGAGCACUAAAGAUCAGACAAACAGUUCUGGGUGAAAAUCAUGAGAAGACCGCUGAGAGCAACCAUUGGCUGGGGUUACCCAAUAUGUGCUUAGCGAUUACACCUCAGCCACUGAGUCACACGAGUGAGCACUGA